UACACACACACACACACAUAUCAAAAGAAACUUGUUUCUUAAAUUCAUCGUUAAUCUUUCUCUCUUUUUCCAUUCUGGUUCUUCUUCCGAACCCUCCAGUGUCAAAGAACGCCUGAAGGAGAUACUGAACCAAGACCGUGAUUUCAACGAGGCUGACUAUACAAAGCUUGCGGCUACUGGAAGUAUAUCGAUUCAAAAUGCCAUGAAGUUUGUACAGAAUCCCCGCAAAAUGUGUGAGAAAGUUCAUGAUAUGGUGAAGGAGAUAACCACGAAAAUCCGCUCCCUGAAAUUAGAACUCAAAACCCGUGAACUGAAGUUGUACCAUGGUGAAUCCUGGGAGUUGCUCAUUCGUCGAUGGGCGAAACUCGAGAAGGACUUCAAGACGAAGCAGGGCCUGUUUGACGUUAGCAAGAUUCCCGACAUCUACGACUGUAUCAAGUACGACUUACAACACAACCACCGCACACUGCAGUACGAACGGGCCGAAGAACUUUUCAACUGUUCAAAAGCUCUCGCAGACAUUGUCAUCCCUCAGGAAUACGGUAUUACCAGGGAAGAGAAGCUACAAAUUGGCCAAAGCCUGUGCACACCAUUGUUGAGGAAAAUACAAAGUGAUCUCCAGCAGUGUCUGAAUUUCGGUCAAGAAGAAACCACUCGUUUGGACUCUCGGUAUUCAAAAGGUGUUGCGUCCCCACAGAGGUUUGUAAGAACUCGUCUCUACUUCACCAGCGAGAGCCACAUCCAUUCCUUGCUGUCAAUGAUUCGUUAUGGAGGAUUGUGUGAUGAAAUAAAAGACGAACAGUGGCGCCGUGCCAUGGAAUACAUCAGUUCCACAGGGGAGUUGAACUACAUGACUCAAAUAGUCAUCAUGAUGUUCGAAGACCCUAAAAAGGAUCCCAAGUCUCCAGAAAGGUACCACAUUGAGUUACACUUCAGCCCUGGGGCCUACACCUGCUGUGAUACAAAACGGAUCAGUCGACAAGGACAACUCACCAAAAUUGAACAGUUGUUCAUGAGUGAUGACCAGUGGCGGAGAACUCCGUCGGUCAGCCUGUCCAACUUGCGCAGUCUGUCCCUGAUGAGGGCCAACACGCCGGCGACGGCACCGGCAGAUGACCUCACAGAUGUGCUGGAGGUUCCAGAUGAUGAAGAUGGUGCAGAAGAAGAAGAACAGGAGGAGGAGGAGGAGGAGGAGAAUGAUGAUGCGGGAACGGAAGAGGUGCGAUCGGAAGGUGAUAGUGGUGGGGGACGGGAGAAGCAUCGUUGGCAGGGAACAGGCUGGGAAGAGGAGAAGUGGGAGGUGCAACAGAAGGCAGAUGCAGGGAUGGCAGAUAAGAGCAACAGUGGCACGCCGAUGAGGGUGGCGCGGCAGGGAGAUAAAGGUGGGGAGACAGGGAAAGCCCCGUCGAUAUUGACGUUGUCGUCCUUAUCGUUAGUUUCCCCGUCAUCAUCAUCAUCACCGUCAUCAUCAGCAGCAGCAGCAGCCGUUGCUUCACAUUUAACGUCAAGGACAGUAGUGACGGGUGGUGGCAUCAGAGAGGAACCCCUGUCCGAUGUAACUGGAGGGGCCGUUGGCAAACGAGGCGGAGAAGAAGAAGCAGAGGAGGAUGGAGAGAACAGUUGUAAGCCAAAGAAAUGUGUGAAGAUAAUUCCUGGGCCAAGAUCCCCAGACCCUAAUAUCCCAGAAUGGGACUGGGAAGAUGUGGAGCAGCCCGUUUCCUCGGUUGUUGCCAUACCUCCUAUUAACUUUCAGAAGGGUGAGAGGCGGAGGUCGCAGUCCCUUGCUGAGCCAUUCACCCCCAAGACUUUAUCGAACCCCAUUGACAUCCAGAACCAGACAACAAAGGACGACAGUGAUGGAUCUUUCAAGAGGAAAGACACACCUCACUGUCGUUACGUGGAAAUGGAUGACCCAUUCCACGCAGUCAUGAGGUCAGUGAGGUCACAGAGUCUGGAGGAGAAGAGGAGUCAUAGUCUGGAAGACAGGGACAAAUAUCCAUCCCCUGGAUCUACAACUUGUCACAUUGAUCGUCAUUACUUGACCGUCCAGCUUCCUGUGGCCGACUACAAACACAGAUGGUCGGUAUCAUCUAUGUUUGCUGUAAAAGCUGACCAAGUUCCUGUGACUGGCCUAUUGCUGACCAGCGUGCUGACAGGGUCAGCUAGUGCACCUGACCUAGUGACCGCUUAUCGAGUGCAAAAUGAAGAGGGUAUUGAAGGUUACACGAUGGUGCCGUCAGUACGAGCCCUGGAGACACUUCACAAUGCCCUUACGCUCAGCGAUGUCAAUAGUUUCUUGCAGAAAGCCAUGUCAAUAGGCUUCAACACCCCAGCUUCGUCGCCGCCCAAUGAAGCCUCCCUAUCAUCUUCCCAGAGGCCUUCAAUUGUACCCUUGGGUGUCCUACACAAAGCUCAGAGCCUGUCGUCAUCAACCAAUUCCAGUGCCGGACCCUCGUCGCCAACUUCCUGUUCCACACCCGUCGACCUCUGGCAGAGACUCACCAUGUUCAUCAGUGACAACCAGAACCUCAACAUUCCGGCUACCACUGACGCUGUCUCUCUCAGUGGCAGCGGCGACCCGUCCGAAUUUAGUAAAGAUCCAUCUUGAAGUCAAAAGAAGGAAGAAAGAAAGAAAGAAGCAACAACACUGGAGACCUCAACGUGCAUCUCUACAUUUCUUCCCCUUCUUUCUUUGUUUUUUGUUUGGUAUUCUGUGUUGAGAAGGGUUUAGUGUGGUGGCGGGUAAACUGGAUCUCAGGUCUCUGUCUCUAAGCCCUCCCCCAUUUUUGCCUCAUCACCUAUCACAUUACUGCUGCUACUACUACUACUACUCACCACUUACAGACACACUAUGAACCGUUAAGGGUGGUAUGUCCUGUGCAGUGUGUUUGGACUGAACUGUAUUAGAUUCAGAAUUGUUUUGUGCAUAUCACAGAUUCUUUGACCGACAUUCCCUGCUUCCACCACCGCUGCCUCCUCCGCCACCAUCCCCCUUGCCCCCCCCCCCCCCGGCCCCCUUAGUGCUUCCUCGCCAUCUGCACCCUCGUCCCCCCACCCCUUCUGUUUAACCUGCCCAUACUGACAAUCAUGGCCCACCACAGAUUCUUCGUUGACGGACACUGCGCCAGUUUGUUCAACCAAUUUUAAGAUUUGGCAAAAAGAUACACUUACACAAACCUACGGUGACAACACACACGUGUGUGUACACACACACACACACACACACACACAUGCAUAUAAACACAUACACACUUGUGAUUAUGGAAUUCUUUACACUGUGAUAUAUAUGUGCCUCUGUGUUUACAUGUGUGUAUAUAUAUAUAUGUAUGUAUAUAUCUGCCUAUAUACAUAUAUGUAUGUGUGUACAUGUAGAUAAUUGUUAUUUGUAAUUAUAACGAGAAUUGUAUAUCAAUACAGAAUCUUAUUUUUCCUU